AUGUCUUUCCACCACAGUGCAUGUGAUAUCCGUCUGAGAAGCGAGCCCAGUUGCACUUUCUUGUCUGCAAUUUGCAACAACGAUGAGGGUAGUGGUCUUACUGACAAUAUCCCUCUCGAUGAAUAUCUAGGAAAUGAAAAUGGCCAGUUCAGUUGGGGUGGGAAAAAUUUCAGUCAUGAUGCACGGAGUAUCACCCUUUUAACCCAGGGACCAGAUAAGAGGCCCAUCCUUCAUUCUGAUCUCCGGGACUCGUCUGGUAAUUUUGUACCCAGCGAAAUUGACCUGGCUACGCAUAUCGCCAACAUCGACGGCCAGCUUGUAUACUUGUCCUAA